GUAGGGAACAAGCAAUGGUGACGACACCUCUAGAGCGCAGGCAAACAAGUCAUGUCACCAGCAUGUCUUCCGACGUUCAUUCCUGCCCCUGUCUGAUUAUCACACCAUGCCUUGAGACAUUUUACCUCGACUUAUGAAUAGGCUGUUGUCUGUACCGAAUCCAGUUUUGCGUUCGCGGAAAAAAGGAUUCAAGGACAUUGUGAUUGCCAGACAUUCUCCAUCAUACCAUAAUCAUCGACCCUUUUCAUCCAGCAUAACCUGAACAGUGAUCACACCGUCUACUCUUUCACCAAGAUGGCAGCACCGUCAACACAAUCCAUUCCAUCGGUCAUGCGGGCCUGGCAAUACUCGUCGACGCAUGGCGGAUUGGAGAGAAACCUCGUCCUGAACGAGUCGGCUGCUCUUCCGCCUCACGACGACAAAGCCCUGGGCAAAGACAAAGUGCUCGUUCAAGUGCUCGCGGCUUCACUGAAUCCCGUAGACUACAAGUUUGUCGAGUUGCCUUUGGUAGGGCGCAUGGCGGUGAAGACACCGGCUUGCCCAGGCCUUGAUUUUGCAGGGCGUGUGGUCAAACCUGCUCCCGGCACAGCUACAUCAGAGUUUCCGGUCGGACAGCUUGUUUUCGGGCGUCUGGCUCAUCCGACCUCGUUCGGCACGUUGGAAGACUAUACGGUGGUACAAACUGGGCAAAUGGCGAAAAUCCCCACAAGAGUGUCCGUCCAAGACGCCGCCUGCGUGGGCACGGCCGGCUUGACGGCGUAUGAAUGCAUUGUUCCGAAUGUCAAAGGUGGAGAUAAGAUAUUCAUCAAUGGCGGUAGCGGAGGAACAGGUGUUUGGGGCAUACAGAUCGCCAAAGCAGUUGGGUGUCACGUUGCAACGACGUGUUCAGGGAAGAAUGUUCAAUUUUGCAAGGACUUGGGCGCAGAUGAGGUGAUCGACUAUCAGAGCCAGAACGUCGUUGAGGCGUUAAAGAAAGGGGUUAGUGAGUCUGGGCGCAAGUUCGAUCUGGUGGUUGACAAUGUUGGCACGCUGCCUGCCUUGUACUGGAAUUGCCAUCAUUUCACAAACCCUAGGGCCAAGUACGUGCAAGUGGGCAUAGAGGGGUCGUUACACACAGUCGUCGAUCUCGUGAUGAGAUUUCUGUGGCCUGGAUUCUUGGGUGGAGGGAAGCGGAAGUUGCAGAUGCUCACGGUCAAAGGGAGCAGGAAAGACCUGGAAGGAAUCGGGGAGUGGAUGAGUCAGGGAAAGGUCAGAGCCGUACAGGAUCAAGUCCUACGGAUGGAAGACGCCCCGAAGGCAUUUGAGCGGCUCAAAACGCAUCAUGCUCGGGGGAAAAUCGUUGUUACGGUGGGUGAGUCAGUGAGUGAGUGAGUGAGUGAGUGAGCGGGCGGAAUUCUUCUGGGAGAUUUGUCUUGUGUAUACCUCGUGUGUAGCAAUAAUAGGCUCUAAAAGUAAAGCCAAACAGGCAGGCACCCAGGCAGGUAGUUCAAGGUUUGCGGCCGUUCAUUUGGACAAGGCUCCGUACGACACUUGACCGCCAGGAAGUCAUUUCCACGGGAGCCACGAGAAGCAUCCGUCAGCAUUAAACGAGAGUUCCGCCAUCCCGCCAGGAGGUUCGAG